AAUUAAGUAAAAAAAAAUAAAUUAAAUAAAAAAAAUACAAUUAAAUAAAUAAAUUAAAUUAAAUAAUAAAUAAAAAAAAAUAAAUAAAAAAAUUUCUUCAACAAUUAAAGAUAAUUAUUACAAUAAUAAUCAAUUCACUUCACAUCACAUUCAUCGUCAUCUGGGGAGAAACACACACCAAAGACUACGUGUGGAAUGUUAAGUUAAAUUUCAUACAUUUUUUCCUGUAUGAGGUCACAGAUUUAUGCGAAACGAUGUGGGAAACUCGUAAACAUUAAUAAAAACCGCACCAACGAGACGUGUUAAAAAUCAAUCAAAAAAAAAUUCUAAUAAAUAGGUGAGUACUUUUGUAUGAGGAAGUAAAUAAUUCCAUAGUUACCCAUACACGGUUGACACCAAUAUUAUUGAUUGUCCGGAAAAUUUCCAAAUAUACGUGAAUUAAGAGAAUUUUUUUAUGAAGUCUGUUUUGUAUUUGUUUGAUUUAAUAUUUAUUAUUAUUAUCGUUGAAAUGUGCGUCACGACCAAAAAUUUAUUUAUUAUGUUUAAAUAAAAAAAAAAUGUAGAGUAAAUAAGUAUUAAAAAAUAUAAAUAUGAAAAAAUACGUUUUUAAAGCUAUUUGCGUAAACCCUCAGUAAUUAUUUAUGGAGCAGAUGGCAAGUUGUGUGUCUUCGUUGUCAGAUGAGUAAAUUGAGACAACCACAAUCUUCGCCGCAUCCAACAAAGACUAUGGAUGGUCAUCCCUGCCACACAUUGCACUACCACAUGGACUUCAGAUUGCCGCAGCUGCACCUCUAAGUGUGUGUCUAAGCCCUCUCUGGUGAAUUAAACAAGAAAAUUACUCGUUUUUCUGCGCUGUCAAGCAACUUGAGUAAUUCUAAAAGUAGAGAAAAAAAAUAUUAAUAUGCAAUUGUUGUGCAUAAUCAAAUAAAAUAAGUAGUGUAAUUAUUAUUGUUGUUGUUGUUACCACAUUACGUCGUAAUCGCAGAUAAAUUAUAGCUCUAGCGGCGAAUAAAUCAAGUGAAUCGCGUAAAAAUUGUGCAAUAAACUGUCCAAAAAAGUACAUUAAAUGGGUUCUUACGACGACGUCGACGUGCAGCAACUAAAUUAUCAUAAAAUAAUUAAUAAUUGAAACGCACCUACACGGAAAAAAAGAGUGAAAAAUUAAAAUUUAAAAGAAAAAAAAAUAUAAAUUAAAAAUGGGUGAACACGACUGCAUUGUAUCCUCGACAACGGCUUCCGUUAAUCCGCUUACGUGCACGACGUCAUCUAACGGCGGCAUAAGUGGGACGCCAUCCAUCACGAACAUCUCCUCGAGCAACAUUGGCGGCAGCAGUGGCGGCUUGAAUGGCGUGCCACCAACGGGAAAAUGCGUUCGCGUUGGCUUUUACGACAUCGAGAAGACAAUUGGCAAGGGAAAUUUUGCCGUUGUCAAGUUGGCACGACAUCGUGUGACGAAAAACGAGGUUGCCAUCAAAAUCAUCGAUAAAUCGCAAUUGGACGAGAAUAAUUUGCAAAAAGUGCAUCGCGAAGUGGAUAUUAUGAAACGAUUGGAUCAUCCUCAUAUCAUUAAAUUAUAUCAGGUUAUGGAAACGAGCAGUAUGAUUUAUAUUGUUUCCGAAUAUGCUAGUCAAGGAGAAAUAUUUGAUUAUAUUGCAAAAUUUGGUAGACUGAGUGAACGUGCGGCACGGCACAAAUUCUGGCAAAUAUUAUCGGCUGUAGAGUAUUGUCACAAUAAAGGAAUAGUUCAUAGAGAUUUAAAGGCUGAAAAUCUUUUACUAGAUUCUAAUAUGAAUAUAAAAAUAGCGGACUUUGGAUUUUCCAAUUAUUAUAAGCGCGACGAAUUACUGGCCACGUGGUGUGGCUCGCCCCCGUAUGCGGCGCCCGAAGUAUUCGAAGGCAAAAAAUACACGGGACCGGAAAUUGACAUUUGGUCACUUGGCGUCGUGCUCUACGUUCUCGUGUGCGGCGCACUUCCAUUCGAUGGAUCAACACUCCAAUCGUUGCGUGACCGAGUCUUAUCCGGUCGCUUUAGGAUACCAUUUUUCAUGAGUACGGAUUGCGAGUCACUUAUACGUAAAAUGUUGGUGUUGGAACCGAAGAAACGGUACACAAUUGAACAAAUUAAGCAUCAUCGUUGGAUGAUGGCAGAAGUAUUGGAAUCACCUGUGAUACGAACACCGUCCUCGAAUGCGGUUGGCGGAACAGCUGGAAUGGAACCAAAUGAAGUUGUGUUGAAAAUUAUGGCGAAUAUGAGUAUUGACACGCAGAAAAUAAAGAAGAGCUUGAAGGACAAUUGCUAUGAUCAUGUGACGGCAAUUUAUUUACUUCUCUUGGAAAGGGUUCGCUCGAGAAUGAUGUCGCAGGAAAACUCGAGCGGAAAUUUGAAUCAAGCAAAUGGUCAGAAACAUCAGUCUUCUGACUCGCAACGACGACGCCCGAGUGUUGUCGCGGAACAAGCAAUGAGGAAAUCUGGUCUCACUGGAUAUCAUCAAAGACCCGAUCAAUCGCCACGCCAUCACGCAAUCGACCCCGGAAUGGCAUCGCAGAUGAUUCCCCUUCGUGAUACUAGUAUUAGAGAAAUAUCACCCAACUUACCUACAAAAGAGCUCGGUUUUCGCAAUUCCUCCAUUUACAACAACUACCAACCGCCCUUGGUACCGACGGGCUCCGUGAAGCGUGAUCGCGACUGUAACUCGCCUUUCAUGCAAAAUGGUCCCGUUAGUAUUGCCACGCCGGCGGAAUAUGGGGGCUCGCGUGAAAAUAAUUCUGUCGUUUUGCGCGAAACGAGCAAUAUUCAGCCAACUGCCGCAAGACUCGCCUCGAAUAGAUAUUUGUCGACCGGAUUGGACCAGAGGAUUCUCAAACAGAGCACCGAGGAUUGUCGUCGACUGUUGCAACAGGCAACUGCUGUAGCUGAUCCAAUGCGCAAUCAAAAUACCAAUCCCUUAGUAUUUGAUCCCUAUCAACAGCACCCUGCGGUUCUCCAGCAGCAGCAACAGGCACAGCAACAGUCGUCGUCGUCUGGAAACGGUGGGAAGUCGUCGUCGUCACACUUGUCGCAUUCUCGCAUCCUGACACCAUCCAACAGUUUUGACGCCAAAUCCAAUUCGCCCGCGCCAACGCCUGGCUUUGCCAUGUACCAGAUGUCCGCGGAGGCCGCCCGUUUGUUCCAGACUCUGCAACAAAGUCCCCUACCAAUUGCAACUCAUGAUCAACAACGUCAAAUGGAGCGUUUCGUUCCUCAGAACAACUUGGCGUCGUCCUCGAAUAUAAAUGCCAUCAAGACGUCUCCGUCGCCGCAGUCUUCGGUAGCGCAAUUGCAUUCGGUGUCGCCGUUGCCCUCGGUAUCGCCACAACCGCCCGUUGAUCCAGCGACACAACGGUAUUCGGACCCCUUGAGUUCCCUCGUUGGCAAGGAAAAGUUGCAAAAUUUCAGUGAUUUGGCUAAAACGACGCCCCCAUUUAAGGAUUACUUGAAUAAUUUGCAGACUUAUGCCUAUUUGCAAAAUAUGGAGAAUGAUGCGGCAGCAUUAACGCAACAUAGGACGACGCAAAUUACGCAGCAGCAUAGCUCGAGUACGGAUGAGGGGUGUGACACGGAUCAUGGAGAAAUGGACGACCAAGCAACUGCCGUUCCCGCACAAAUCACGCGACUCAAUUCUUACGCAAGCAGCAGUUCGUCAAGCGGAGUUGUGACGAAUUUUCAUUCAAAAAGUUUGAGUCAAAAUUUGAGUUGUGACUCGUCACGCAGCAAUUUUUCCACUUUUGAGAGUUUGGAGCUCAAUUUAUCGGAUUGCAGUGAGUUGGCGGGAAGUUUGCCGUCAUGCGCUACUACAACGGUGACCGAUAGUGAUCCCAAAGAUGAAGUUGGAUGUCGCACAGUUACAAGCACUUCAGCGAUGCAUCCUUGUGGAUAUGUCUCAAUGACCGGCAGAACUUCAUGUUCGUUCGCGAGAAAUCCAAAUAAUGGAACGCAUGGCCAUGGACACAACGGAAAAGUUGCCUGUCGAGGUGUUUCGAGGUCGCCUGUUGAUUUUAGAGAGGGUCGUCGUGCAAGUGAUGGUCUCGUCGCUCAAGGCAUCCUCAACAAUGCUGAUCAUCCCUUAAACUCCGGAGUCGCUUUCAACAGUCAACGUCUUCACGAGGCAUGCAAAGCAAAGGGUGUCUUGGAACUGCAUCUCCUGCAAAAAGAAGCGGCGCAACUAAAAACGCAAUACCAAUCGAGUGUACCCGUCGACGAAAUGGCAGUCCGCCAAAUCCAGCACUCCCAAUUCCACGUAAAGCCCGAACAUUUGCAACAAAUGCUGUACCAAUCAAACCUAAAGCACCAAAAUUCGCUGCCGGUCAACACGGAGUCCUAUUACAACAAAGCUGGCGACUUGGCUGCGCCCUACUUGAAUCUCUUCAAGGAAGCUGCCAUCAAACAAGACGCUCUAACUGCCAUCCAGCAACAAUUGCAGCAACAACAACAAUCAACAGCUGGCUUGCAGAAACCGCCGUUGCAGCAGCAACUCAUGCAACACCGCCUGCUCCAACAAAAACGUCAAAUUCUCCAAAAGCAGGGCGCUCUCGAAGCAAAUCUCAGUCGUCGACAAAUGUUCCGGCAACACAGCUACAAAAUUGCACAACAAACGCCCGUUUUGCCCCCGUUGCCCCUCAAUGAGAACGAAGCGGAGGAUUUGCUGGCAUUUCAGACGAUCGUAGAGGGCGCCACUCGUGCAAAUGGAAGUCCGACACCUUCGGCUACGGGCUCGCCUAAAAUGAUGAAAACCUCGCAUAUUGUCGCGCAAAAUUUGCCGCCCGAUUGCACGUGGACCAACUUACCCAGCUCCAUGCAAACAUGCCAAAUUAGCGAGGGAAGUGUCACGCAACAAGAUUCCUGGACCCAUUCGCCACUCUAUCAGGUAUAUUACCAAUAUCAUUAGUUACUCCCUAUCCUUGCCCCCGGCAUUGGCGGAAAUGACGCAAAACAAAGACUACUUAGACCAAAAUAACAUCACCUAGAAUUCGAAGCCUGAUUAAACUUUAAGUUUUUAUGAUUAUGUUAAUUUUAACUGUUAUUAAUAUUGUCACAUUUUACUUUUUAUGAUUUUGUAUGCAAAGUAUUUCUAGUCAGUACAACUGAUCCAUCCUAUUGUUAUUGAAUAAUAAUUUUAACUAAGCUAAAUUUUAAGGAAAUUCACGCAAAAAUGACUAAAUAAUCACCAUUUAUCGGAAAAUCACGCAUAUUUUUAGUUUAAUAUAUUUUAUUUUUAAUCGUAUUAU